CGCUGUUAUUACUUUAUAGUGAACCUAAAUGCAUGUUUUAUUUCAACUGAUGUGUGAUCCGGUGUACGACCUUGGGUCGCGCCCGUGGUAUGUGUGAGGUGUGGGCGUAAAAGCAUACCUGAAGGCUGGAGGUUGACCUGGGUCGCUCACUUAUAAAUAGAUAUCAAUUGAUCUUCGUCAACGGUUCCCGCUGAAGUCUGCUACCGCAGGACGAUGUGAAAUGAUCUUGCAUUACCUCCGCACCGAGCAACCAUAAGCAUUGCUGUUCGGUGACAAUCGGCCCAUGCAACACCGAAAAUGACGUCAGUUACGAAGACCAUAACAACAACCAAAAAGGUUGUACCAUCCAGAGCCUUGGAUUUUGUGUAUGAUCCGUUGUAUGUUGUAUCCAGUGAGAAGGAGCAGAAGAAAGAAGCAUACCAUGCAACUCUUCAGAUAUCCAGACUGCAAUGUGUGCCGAACUUCGAGUGCAUGUUUAGCACCCUGCCGAACUACCAAGGCUAUUCGUGGCAGCUGGUUCGCAAGACGUUCCCCCCACCGAAGCCGGACUAUAGGAUCACACAACAGCAACAGGCGAAUAAUGAUCCAGAGAUCACGGGCAAAAACCGCUUCAAAUACUUCAAUGUCAUGCUGCCGGCUUACCAGCACGCGGUGCUGCCGGCCGGCCUGCACCUGGCGGCGGCUGGCGCCGGUGACAGCGCCGCCCAGGUCGCCGCCGCCCGGCAGGUGUCGGCGGCGGCCGAGGCGGCGGCGGCGGCCGUCAGCCCCCCGGCGGCCGCGGUGCGCAGCCGCGGCACGCAGACCGACUAUCGCGAGUCGGAGGCGCAGACGGAGCCGUACUCGCCGCCCUACAGAGUCGUGGACGGCGACUGGGCCGAGGAGCUCACCGUGGCUGCCCUCUCCUGGGGUCACGGCCUUCCGGCCGGCCAGGCCGAGGUGGAGAUGAUCGAGCGGCUGCGCAACCGGCGCUGCUGGGGCGAGACACUGCCGCCUACCGGCGACCGCUGCUACGGAGAGCGGCGCAUCAAACUUAUCGAGAGCAUCGAGCGCCAGGAGUGGGUCGUCCGCGAGGCGGAGAUCAGCCAGAUUCAGGCGCUGCGUCUGGAGCUGAUGAAGCACCUGCUGAAGGAGCAGGAGGACCGGCGCAAACAGCGUGUGACCCGUCGGCUCGACAAGCGCUGGAAGAUCCGCGUCGCCGAGCGGGACACGCAGAUCCUCCGCAUUCAGUCCCAGUACGCCAGAGACACGCGUCGCCUGCGUCGCUGGAAGGAGCACAAGCUCGGCCAGGCUUCGGGCCAGCAGCGCGACAUAAUCGCCGAGUACGACACUCCCGGCUCGACGGCGUUCGCGCCGCUCACCCGCCAGGGGGCGGACAUCGACCACCUGCGCGGCCAGCCCCGGCGCCUCCAGCUGCCCUAUCUGGAGACGAGACGGGGCGUGGAGACGCUGGAGGAGGUGUACGGCGAGCAGCUCACCUCGCCCGUGAUCCGGAUGCCCGAUCUGCCCGUCAGCCACCUGAUCGAGCAGCGCUACUCGCGCAAACACCUGCUGCAGAAGGAGCUGCUCGACGUGCACAGGAUGAUCAAGGCGGAGCAGGAGCUGGCGGCGGCCGGCACCGAGUCGACCUCUCCGCGCUUCCUGGAGAAGAUAGAGCACCCGCCGCCGCGGCCGGUGACGCCCACGGUGGCGGCGCCGGACGCGCAGGACUGCGACCGCAGCCAGGCGGCCAUCUGUCUGCAGCGCAUCCUCAGAGGCCGGGCCGUCCAGAUCCGGAUGGAGCGCGGCGUGGAGCGUCGCUACGACCUGAUCCAGGAGCUGCGCGGCACCCACGCCCUCCAGAAUACCGCCAUGGAGGAGAAGGGGCGCGACCAGCGGCGCACGCUCUGCAUGCAGCGCAUGCGCGACGUCGCUGGAAAACAGGACCAAUAUGUGGACGAGGCCCUGAGCCGGAUAGAGGGCGCCACGGUGGCCCGCCUCCUGGACCAGCUGAGUAACGAGCUGAUCCGACUGCAGGAGGAGCGGCGCAUCCACGCGUUCGUGCUGAUGGCCGAGCGCGAGCGGCAGCGGCGGGAGGCGGCGGAGGCCGGCCUGCGGCAGCGACAGCUCAGGAGACGCCGGGAGAUGGACGAGAUAUUCAAACGGACGAUGAAGGUGCACCAGCAGUCGGUGGACACCUACCUGGAGGACGUGAUCCUGGAGUCGACGGAGCGCACGGCCGACCAACAGGCGCGGCAGCACGUCCGCGAGCUGGCCGCCCACCUCAACGACAUCGUCCACGACCUGGAGCAGCAUCCGCGGGACGAGUGGCAGUCAGAGGAGCUGGUCUCGGAGCUGGUGCACAGUUUCGUGCUGCCGGAGGUGCAGCGCAAGGAGACGCGCGCGCGACUGCGGCGCCAUCAGCAGCGCCACCUGGCGGCCGCGCGCGACACCGUGCUGGCAGAGCUGGGCGGCACCGGCUGGCCGCCGGUGGACGCCAGCACGGCCGAGCGGGCGCGCCUGGCCGCGCAGGCCGCCGACAGCGGCCGGAGGGACGCCCAGGUGCAGGCCGGCCGCAGCCAGCCGGCCGACGCCGAGUGAGGCGCGGGGGGAGCCGAGGGGAGCAGAGUUAUCGAUCGGACGGGGGUGGUCCGACGGACACCCCGCGACCAGCGCACGGGCGCGGGUGGGGAAGCCCGGGACGUCGGUGGCUGUAGGUCAUCUAGUCAGCUUCGAGACGAACACCAAAUAUUCUAGUCACGUGUGAGGAUCCAUUUAUUCUGUUGAUCUGCUUGACACCGUAUUACGUCCCGCUUACUACUGGAAUGUGCUGUGUCGAGCAUGCCUUUCCUUUUCCUUGUGAUGUCUAGCGUCUAGCUUUCUCAGUCCCUUUAUUCGUUAAGAGAAUGAAUGGUCUUUGCAACGAUGGAAUAUUACUAAGUAGACUUUACUCGAGCGGAAAAUGAUGUUGAUAUGUGAUCUCGUCCAGUGGCUGUCUCACAGUUUUGUAUUAAAUCUCCCAUCUACGAUACACACGUGUGACUAGCCUCUUAUUACAACGCGCGACACUGCUGAGUCAGGUAAAUCACCGUGCGAUCAAGUAUUGAAAUCACCCACCAAUAAAAUAUCACGUAGCA